GAGAACAAGCUGAGUUAAUUUCCGUUUUUCAGCUCCGUUUCUCCUGCCAGGACCUUUUCUAAUCUCCAAAUAUUUUCCCAUGAUGCACCUGGGGGGGCGUGUUUUUUUUUUUAAUCCCUCCGGCUACGACGAAAUGGGAAGAGGAGGAAAAAGUGAGAGAGUGAGGAGGAGAAACAGCUGAUUUUUCAGCAGAAGUCGUUCUGGUUUUUGUCUGGAUUUGUGGAAACUUCUUCUUUGUUUUUAAUUUUUACCGAUUAAUCUGAAGGAUUAAUCUUUUAACUCCUCCGUCGCUCCGCUGCUGUUUGACUUUAACAGUAAAACUGUCAGUCAAACUGAUGGUGCAGGUAGGAAGCAGAAAUCUGAAAUGAGCUCCAGCUUUAUAUUUCUGCUGUGAAGCCGUUUUUAUUUGGCUUUUAGAUCCUAAUCUCUUAAUCUCAAACUGAUAUUUUUGAACAGAAACUGAAAAUAAACCAACAUAAUGGAUCAAAAUUAAGUCAGAAACAAACAGCAGCAGCAGAACAACUGCUUUCUACUACAUAAUGUUUAAAAAAUUGACAAAUUUAGACGAUUUUUCCAACUCGCAGCUGGAGGAUCGAUUCAUUUAUUUAUUAUUCUACAUCCAGCAGCUCUAGUUACUCUAGCUCUUUACCUUUAAACUCCUGAAAAUAAAACGUUCUGAAGAUGCAGCGAGCGGUGAUGGCCUGUGCCGACUGCUUAUGUCCUCCGAGAGAUGACGGCUCCCCUGCUGGACAGAGAAGCUGUUUGGGUUUCACAUCGUUCUCCAUCAGAGAUCUCCUCCGGUCCAAAGAGCCUCGCUGCUCCCUGAAGCUCAGGACGAUGGACGGCGUGGACGAGGUCGGGGACGUGACGGUUUCCCGCCUGCAGCUGGAGGAAGAGACGGAGGAUAAAUCUGCAGAAAACAAGAGCGCCGUGCUGUGUGACGCUCUGCACGGCUCCGUCCAGGACAAAGAAAACAGUCCGAUGAUGCGAGCAGCCUUGUGCUCCCAGGUGUGUAAGCUGUACAGGUUUCAGACGGAGGACCACAGGUGGCUGCUGGUCCGGGAGCAGAUGUCAGAGACGCCGCUGUCCUUCUCCUUACCCAAACAGCUGCUGAGCGCGCUCAUCAGGGAGCACACCGACAGGGUCGAGGAGGUCAAUGCUCUGGGUGACCUUUCACCUCACUGGGACGGCCUCCGCCAUGACGCCGUCGCCCACUCCCACCAGCUGAUCGGCUGCUACCAGCAAACGCAGGCGGAGAUUCACCGCCUCUCCACGGCGUCGUGCUUCAAGGCGAGCAGCAGCAAAUCGGACCGACACCUGCAGUUCAUCCCCACCAACCUGCACUGCCAGAGGAUGGAGGUGACCGACCCCGGCAGCUCAGGUGUUUGGUAUGAGGUCGUCACGUUCGGAGCGCCGGCCGAUCACCACCAGGCUUUUAAACAUGGAGGACUGAAGCGGCUGCUCAGCAAGCACACAGACCACACACACAGCUCGGCGCCGUUUUCCCGUGACGAGUUGUGCAGAGCGAAGCGGCUGCUGGCCGCCGCCUCCCAGCUGCAGCCCCUGAUCUUCGGCCUGGCGGAGCAGCUGCUCUCCGUCUCCAUGGAGGUCGAUCCGAACCGCCUGCAGGACGUCCUGGACGACCUCAGGGAGCAGACGUCGCUGUUCAUCCAGGCGCUGAACGACGAUCUGGUGAAAGUCGCCCUGCAGGACAUGAGCAGCAGGACCUGCAGCAGCACCCACCUGCACAGCAACGGGUUGCUAUGUGAGGUCUCCCCCGGCGACCAGGAGGGGGCGCCGCGGCCGCAGGACGACAAGGAGAACAGAGAGGAUGAGUGGGACAGAACGUGGGUGAACAUCGGCAAGAGUCUGGACUGCAUCACCGACAUGGUGGAGCGGCUGCAGGAGCGACAGCGCCACCUGCAGGAGCAACAGGAGUCCACAAAGUCCCAACACACAAGUCGGACAGAAAGAGGCAAAUCCUCUCCUUCCUCCUUCUCCUCCUCCUCCUCCUCCUGGCAGGAGCAGCUGCUCCCCCUGGUGGUGACGCUCAGAGACUGCGUGCGGGAGGCGGUAACCACGGCCCGAGCUGCCAUGACCUUUGUUGUCCUGCAGGGGGCGGUGGCUGCGACUGUCGCUCAGGGUCCAACGCAGAUCGUCCAGCGGCGCCACGCUGUCUUCAGUCAGGGGCUCUCAGCGAUUGUUUGUGGGUUUAUGCUGAAACUGUUUGGAGGUUUGGAGGAUCCAGAGUUUCUGCAGCAGCUUCUGUCUGUGGGGAUCCUGGCCCAGUUUGAAGGCCUGCUCAGCACCUACGGUGAGGAGGUGGGGAUGCUGGAGGACAUGGAGGUGGGCGUGGCCGACCUGAGCAGCCUGGCGUUCGCCGUCACCGAGGCCCAAUCCGAGCGACCCGACGACCUGCAGCCGACGCUCACCGGAGCAUGGGGCGGUUUCGUGGUCGAGGUGCCGCUUCCCUCUGAAAGCUUCAGGUCGCUCCCUGAGGAGCUGAAGGCCGGCCGUCUGAUCCGAGUCGAGCCGGUUCUGUUCAACAUCGGGAUCAACCAGCACCAGAGUCUGGCUGAGAGGUUUGGAGACAGCUCUCUUCAGGAAAGAGUGAACCAGCAGAGCUGUGAGCGUCUGAAAGCUUACUGUAACAAGCUGAGAGAAAAACUUCCUAACAUGGCUGGUAUCCAGUCUCUAUCAGACCUGCUGUCGUCUCUUGAUCGCAGUAUGGAGUCCAAGAAGAGGAAAAACGUGGAGGUUUUGUGGCUCGCAGCUUCAGUGUGUCGUAAAGUAAACGGCGUGCGACUGACGAGCUGUAAGAGCGCGAAGGAUCGCACGGCGAUGUCUGUGACGCUGGAGCAGUGUUCGAUCCUCAGAGAGCAGCACACACUCAGCCAGCAGCAGUUCAGCUCUGCUCUGGACAACAUGAGGAGGUCUCGUCUGUCCUGGGGGCAGAUGCUGGGCUGCUAUGCCCACUCUGGGUUCUCUGUCUCUGGGUUUGACCCGGCAGAGUGUCCCUCUGGCCUCCAGAGCCCCUGGAUCCAGAUGUGCUUUCAUUCCAGAAGACACUUUUACCCAGUGGCCUUCCUCCUGGUGACCUCUCACCUCCUGGUUCUCUGGCUCAUAUUCAGCUUGGUGAUCCUGCUGGCAAAGUACCAGUAAACAAGACUGGGAGCACUGGGAAGCAGGGAUGAUAUUGUUCUCCUAGGUUUGUCCACAAUGGGAGAACGUAAAUGAGACCAAACUUAUUGAUUUGUUAAAGGAUGAAAAAGACGAUGUCUGUGUUUUAGGAGAGAUGGAGAAGCAGUCAGCCUCAACUUAUUACCAUCCACAUGUACAAACAUCAGUCAGUUUGAAUUUGUUUUACAAAAAGCAAAAAUGUUUGAGUUUUUAGUACAAUAGAUUACUGAUUUUUCAAUUUAAUCUGAUGUUUAUUUGUUAAGAUUCAGCUUCUGACUUGUCCAAAUCUUUUCCUACGUUUCCUCAUCUCUGCCUGUUAAUUUAUCGACGCUUGGUUAUCGUUUUAUUUCUGACAGCUUCGUUUUUUAUGUUGAGUUUUGCUGCCACCAAGUGGCCAAAUUGAAUUUCAACACUGCAAAAACAAAAUUUUACCAAGUGUUUUUCAUCCAGUUUCUGGAGCAAAUGUCUCACUGCACUUAAAAAAAGAGAGAAAAAUGACUUAUAAAUAACUUAAGUGAUGUAUAUGAACUUGUUUUGUUCCAUUGGUAGAUAAAUUCACUCAUAACAUUUUUCCUAUGUUAUAAGUGAAAUAAUCUGCCAGUGGAACAAGCACUUUUUCUGCAAUAUUAAUGAAUUAUUGACUUUAAACAAGCUCCUGUAAAUUGUUGCAAAGUUGCUUAUAACUUUAGUUUUGUCUUACUUUACGUGUAUUAGAUCAAAAAUACUUGGUAACAUUUUUUGUGUGUUUUAUUGUAGCCUACAGACUGUAUGUGCAGGUCGCCUCUGUUCUUGUAGGACCAUAGGUCUAGUCAAAGUAAAAUCUUAUCUCCACCAGAGGAGGAUGUGUUUUAUACAGGAUGUUGUCGCCUGAUUGCUGAUCUGUGUUUCCAUAUGU